CACACGCAUAGAUUCGUAAGUCAUCAGCCGCAGUUCACUCAUUCAUAUAACAGGCGCAGCUCCUCCGCCAUGAGCAAUCUCCAGUACCGAGUUUCACAGGAGGGACUUUGAUCGACGCAUAUAUACAUGCAUCUCCAUGUCGGCCGUCGAAGCAAAAUCACUCUCAUCGCUUACGGCGCUCGCAUCCAACCCCCCUGCAUACCCCAGGAAUCCUACUCACGUAAAGCAUGAACCCUUGGUAUUAUACAUUGCUCGUGUGCCCGGUAGUAGAGAUGUGUUCCUGUCUCCACUGAAACCUCGCGACAAGGUAGUCACGGCCGAAGACAUCCAGAGUUGCCUGUACUAUGUCCACGUAAAUGAACCAGAAGACGUCCGUCUCAUCUCUCAAGUCUCCCCCGUAGAAGCGAGGGAAUCUCCUCUAGUCACCGGAAAUCCGGCACUCACAGGACGUCCUAUUUCGAGGAAGGCCGUCCCUAGCAGUCCGCCGCCCGUCAGUGCGCCCACCGUACCGCGGAGGAAACCAGUAGCAGGAGCACUUUCUCCCGUAAAUGAUUUUGACAACAGCAACAAUGUUCAUGCUUCUACCUACUAUCGGUAUUCUCAGGAGACACCGGGAUCUGAGUUCGCUCAGAGCUCGGCCACCUGUAUGCCGGAAGCAGAACUCAAACCUCCGUUACCCCCUAGAAGGCCACCCGAAUACUGUCCUUCUCCUCUCGGAACUUCUUUGACCCUGAUCCGGCGCGAUCCUGCUUCUGGAGCGCAAUGGAAUGUCGCGUGCAUCGAUGAUCCAGCAGUGUUUGAUGUUUCUUCAUCCGCAGUCAAUGAUGCCAGCGCUAGGAAGAGGGCGGGCGCACCGAUCUACAUCGAAGUCACAAAUCCCGGAUACUCGAAGUUUCUCAAUGGUCCAGAGUUUAGGCCAGAUCUCAUAGCUCGAAUGGGCGACCUUACCGCGAUAUCACCGCAGUCGAACUGGAAGGCCCAGGCUAACGUUGCCUUCGCUCCCGCGGUCCUACCUGCGGCAGGUGAUGAAGCCUAUCAGGAUGACACCCUUUUCCGCCGACGCUUGUGGAUGGAGACGGGCAAGCAUCAGAGUAGCCACAAGAGAACCGGUUCCCACGAACUAUACCUAGGACGGCGCCGUCUAAGGAGCAGCUCAGAAGCUUCACCUACAUCUACAGAUAACUCAGCCGGGGGAACUCCUCUGGACACGCAAGACCAACCGCACUCAUUUCCUGACCCAGAGAUUAAGUCCAGCUUUCGAGGCUACGUCUUUCUGAGCCCCUGGAACGGUCGGUGUGAGUUUGUCACUGGAGCGGCUGGAGGGUCACUGAAGGCUAGAUCACAGUGUCGACAUGUUGUUCCUGGACUCCAGGGUGCCCCUCCAGCCGUAACGCAAGUUAGCGAACUGAGGUUCAAUCUCCCAAGCAGUUCUAAGAGCUCGUCAACUGCAAGUGAUGAGCCAGUAAAGCGAUCGUCAAUCUUCCAUCGCUCAAAGCACGCCCGCAAUAACUCGUCAGCAUCUGAGAUGGACUUAUCUCUUGGACAGGAGCACGCAGGCGGUGGCUACGGCGGCAAACAAGCGAAGUUGGGAAAGCUCAUUAUCGAGGAUGAAGGUUUGAAGAUGCUGGAUUUGUUGGUGGCGGCGAAUAUGGCCUUGUACUGGAGGGCUUAUGAGAAAGUGGACGCAAGGUCUAGGGGUGAUCGAAGUUCCACCUAA